AUGCCUAUCCACGAGCUCCAGCGACGAGACUCCUGGCCUCCAACAGUCGUACGCAUCCGCGACGACGACACCGAGGCAGAUCCAAUCGAUGAAGACCCAUUCUCAUUCUUCCUCACCUCCCCGGAAGACCUCGAUGACUUCCUCGACGAAGACCUGUCCGCCGGUAUCGAAACACCUGACUCAUCAUCGCCAGUCAGGGAAGUCUCCCCAUCGUCACUUCAACGCUCGCCCCUCCCGGACGAAGAUUCCGAUGAUGAAGACGUCACUUUCGGUCUCGCAAUGCCACUCUCCCUCAGAGACUUCACACGGAAACACAGCUCUUCAAACGGUCGCAAGUCUCGGGCAGGACAGCGGACUGAUGAUCUCAAAGGUCUCGGCAUCGCAUUGCCGCCAAAUGCAGAAUUCUCGGCUUCAAGAGGCAGGGCGAAGGUUCGUUUGACGCCACCACCACGCAAUGGUCGGGGUAGAGGUCAGACUAGAAGUCUCUCUGCAAGAAGACCGCAGAGUUGGAGGUUGCCAAGUCCCGAUAUAUAUUCGAUUAAGGAAGAGAGGGAGAGUGAUGAGGAGGUAAACAAGGGUCGAGUGGGAGAGGCGGGUGACCAGGCAAAGUUUGUCGAAACACCCAUCUCUGCGAGUGCGCCGGCUAGCACGAGGAUUGAUCAGGUGAUGAUGGGUGUGGAUAUGGCAAAGAAGAAGCCUAAGAAGAGGGUUCAUUGGGCUCUGUGA